AUGGUGUCAUUUACGGAUAAUCCCGACACGGGCCAGACAAACGUUCCACAGGAAACACCUGUAGUACGAAAUGUCGAGAAGGUUAUGAAUAAUCAGGUACAACCCCAACUAAACCACCCCCGUCCGUGGUGUGGUGCGGCGGGAGCUUCAGGAGAAAAAGAUACGGAUAAUCGGGUGUAUCGGUAUGGAGAUCGCGAAGAUAAGGAAAAGACACCAAUGUGUAUGGUAGCGGAAUUGUGUCGGUAUCAUCGGAUCAAACACCAGUACGAUCUACUUGAUGAAAGCGGGCCGGCGCAUAAGAAAAUGUUUACAGUACAACUUGUUUUUACGCCGACUGAAAAAUAUGAAGGCACUGGUGGCUCUAUUAGAAAAGCCCAGCAAGCCGCAGCAGCGGUUGCGAUCCAAGAAACCAAACGCGCUCGCCCGCCAGCGAAAAAGGAAUUUGCUAAGAAACGAGUAUCCCCACCAAGCGUACUUCUUCGCCAUGCCACAACCCGCCUCGGUCUCCCCGAUCCGGACUACAAAAAACAGGACUGUAUGAAUGGACUUCCGAACCUGGCGUUUCCGCCGAAAAUUCGGAACCCAAAACCACCUCGAAAUCCAAUGUUCUACGGUCCUGCUCCGAUCAUUGGUGCUCCGAUGAAUAUGCCACCUCAAGGGAUUCCACCGGCAAUCCCAGCUCUUGCGGAUUUUCAACCAUUCCAGGCUCCCCUUGGCAUGCCACCACCCUUAUUCCCACCGAAUCCGAUGUACGAUAUACGCCAAAAACCUCCAAUGGUGGCUGCAACUCUUCUGCUGGGCCCUGGACAUCCAUUCUUUCGAGUGAUGGCACCGACCUAUGAAAUGGCUAGGGAGGGAUGUGCCAAUCAGGCGCUUAUCUAUCUUGCUCCAUUACUUGCCGAGUUGGAUCUACAGCAGAAGGAGAAUGAGAAGGAGGCUCCGAAGGUGAAGCAGGACGAUAAUAAUCAUGCGAAAGAAGAAGACUCGGCAUCUGAAGCAAGCGACAACGACAAUAAAGAAAGCAACCGCAAAAAGAAAAAUGUCGUCUCAAAAGUCCACGAACACGCCCUACAGCUAAAAAUGGACGUUUCCUUUGAGACAAUCUCUGAAGAUGGCCCGGCCCACAGUCGCGUCUAUACCGUAUGCUGCCGCGUCGCAGGUCCAAAUCAGAGCAUCAGCGCCGAAGGAACCGGAAAGAACAAACGGGCCGGCAAGCAAGACGCUUGUGCUCAAGUUCUUGAGAAGCUACAGGCACUUGCUCUCAGCCAAUCACCAAUCAUGCUCGCCCAGUCACUCUACAAAAACGACAAAAGACAAGCUCAAGGAAAAGAAGUUAAACGCAAGACAAUCGUCAAGGACAAGAAGAUGGACCCAGAAUAUGGACACCAGAUCAACCCGGUCUCCCGUUUGAUGCAAAUCUCGCAAGCGCAAUCCCUGGCAGAUCCUGAAUUCACAUUCCUCCGCGAACAAGGUCAGAACCGAUACAAAGAAUUCUUCGUCGCGUGCUCUUGGAAUGGAAUUGUAUGCGAUGGAAUGGGCCCGAAUAAGCGUCUAGCCAAAAGAGCCGCAGCCGAGAAUGUUCUUGCCAAGAUUGGAUAUGUCAAGCCGAUGCCUACGCCUGGGAAAUCGCUAUUAAAGAAACGCCACGACGAAUCGCAGAUGAUGAUUGGGGUCUUUGAUCCGGCUGAUUAUAGCCAACCAGCAGAAGAAGCACCCGGAAUGGAUACCUCGAAUAUUACCAGCGAUCCGGAAUUGACAAAAUGGAAUACGAUUGUUGUUGUUCCACCCUUUGAGUCUGAGGACGAGUCUUCUGAAGUUAGCCCGGAAAUUCCGGCAGCACCGGAAGUUCCUGAAGUACCGGAAGUGCCUGACGCUGUUGAGGAGGAAGCGCAAGCUGAACAAAAGCGGAAAGUGACGUUUAGCGCUCAAGUGAAGGCUUGUCCACCACCAGAUGACGCCGCGUAUCCUAUUUCUGAGAUAGCUCCUUUGAAGACAGAAGACGUGACGUUUGUUGCAAAGCUAUCAAAGCGAGACCGUAAGAAGCAGCGUGUACUCCAUCCGGACCAGCUACAAGAAUUGUGCCUACGCGCUCGGGAAUUCCUCGCGACGUAUAAUUACGAGACGAAAAUGGCGAUGUUGCCGUCGAAAGGAGACCUUACCCCAGAAGGCACGACCUUAUUCACAAUAAAGCCCAUCUCCGCUAGGGACCGCUUGGCCGAGCUGUCUGAAAAGUUCAAAUUUUCACUCCAAUUCUGCCAACUCCACUCGUCGGGCAAUGACUGUUUGGUGUUGGCCACCCUCGGAUUGGAGAGUCAAAAAGCAUUGGUCCAUCAAGGUAUCGGCACCACCGGAGAUGAGGCUAUCGAUCUAGCGGCUUUAGAUGCCCUCAAAAAUCUUGCUAACCUAUUAGAGCCCGCC